UGUUCAGAGAAAUGCUGAAGUAUACGGUUCUAUUCAUCGUUUUAAUAUUCAGUUCAAGAGAAGGCUGGUGCCGGGAUAAGUUUACAUUUAAGGUGAAUGAUGGUAAUCUCAUCGGUGAUGCCCUAAAGUUGGAACCAUUUACCAAGAUCAACAAAGGAUACUACUUCUUUGGUAGCGAGAGAGUAAACUGGUAUGUGGCCUACGAGAAAUGCCGGGAGCUGGACGCGGAAUUGAUUACCUUCGAGACAGACGAAGAAAUCGAUGAAAUUGCCAACUAUCUAAAUUCCAAUCAGGAGCGUGGCGACUACUGGACCUCAGGGAAUGAUCUGGUCAUGACUGGUACCCACAAAUGGUUCACCAAUGCCCAGCGGAUAAACAGUCUGAGAUGGGCCCGAGGACAGCCCGACAACUUUAGGCGAAGAGAGCAUUGCAUUCACUUGGGAUACAUAUUUAAAGACUCCAUAGGGUUUGAACUGGGUGAUCGUCCCUGCGCCAACGAGGAUAAUCGCAGUUUAUUUCAGUUUAUAUGUGAGACACCGAAUCCAGAGACAAUUUCGAUCGUUGUAUGGAAGUAGAUCAGAAUACGUCUUCGGCUUAAAUUUUAUGGUUAUAAAAUGAAAUUAAAAACUUUUACAAUAUAGCCUUGUGCCAAUAAAGGACAUGAAACAA